CCCCCCCCACGGUGCGGAUCGUGCACUCAGGCUUGGCCUGCAACAUCGAGGAGGAGAGAUACUCCGAGAGGGUCUACACCAUCCGUGAGGGAGAGACACUGGAGCUGACCUGCCUGGUCACAGGACAUCCUCGGCCACAGAUCAGGUGGACCAAAACAGCAGGAAGUGCCUCUGACAGAUUCCAAGACUCGAGUGUCUUCAAUGAAACCCUGAGGAUCUCCAACAUCCAACGGCACCAAGGAGGACGUUACUACUGCAAGGCUGAGAACGGCUUGGGCUCCCCAGCCAUCAAAUCCAUCAGAGUGGAUGUCUACUAUUUGGAUGAUCCAAUUGUGACAGUUCACCAGAGCAUUGGGGAAGCAAAGGAGCAGUUUUACUAUGAGAGAACUGUGUUUCUCAGGUGUGUUGCCAACUCCAACCCACCAGUGCGGUACAGCUGGCGCCGAGGCCAAGAGGUGUUGCUGCAGGGCUCUGACAAAGGGGUGGAGAUCUAUGAGCCCUUCUUUACCCAGGGAGAAACCAAGAUCCUGAAGCUAAAGAACCUGCGCCCUCAGGACUAUGCGAAUUACAGCUGCAUUGCCUCAGUGAGGAAUGUCUGCAGCAUCCCCGACAAGAUGGUGUCCUUCCGCCUCUCCAACAAAACAGCAUCCCCUUCAAUUAAGCUUCUGGUGGAUGACCCCAUCGUGGUGAACCCUGGAGAAGCCAUCACCUUGGUCUGUGUGACAACAGGAGGGGAACCAGCCCCCAGCCUGACGUGGGUGAGGUCUGCUGGUGUCCUGCCCAACAAGACAGUCCUGAAUGGUGGCACCCUGACCAUACCUGCCAUCACCUCAGAAGAUGCUGGUACCUACAGCUGCAUUGCCAACAACAACGUUGGGAAUCCUGCUAAGAAGUCCACCAACAUCAUUGUAAGAGCCUUAAAAAAAGGACGUUUUUGGAUCACCCCUGACCCCUACCACAAAGAUGACAACAUCCAGAUUGGGAGGGAGGUGAAGAUCUCCUGCCAGGUGGAGGCAAUCCCCUCCGAGGAGCUCACCUUCAGCUGGUUCAAGAACGGGAGGCCCCUGCGGAGUUCAGAGAGGAUGGUCAUCACCCAGACUGACCCUGAUGUGUCACCUGGAACCACCAACCUGGACAUUAUUGACUUGAAGUUCACAGACUUUGGGACAUAUACGUGUGUGGCAUCACUGAAGGGUGGAGGCAUCUCAGAUAUCAGCAUUGAUGUCAACAUCUCCAGCAGUACAGUCCCACCCAACCUGACUGUUCCUCAGGAGAAGUCCCCCCUGGUGACCCGGGAGGGGGACACCAUCGAGCUGCAGUGCCAGGUGACAGGGAAGCCCAAGCCCAUCAUCCUGUGGUCCCGAGCAGACAAGGAGGUGGCGAUGCCAGACGGGGCCAUGCAGACCGAGAGCUACGACGGCAUCCUCAGGAUAGUCAACGUGUCCAGGGACAUGACAGGAACCUACAGGUGCCAGACCAGCCAAUACAAUGGCUUCAAUGUGAAGCCCAGAGAAGCUUUGGUGCAGCUCAUUGUACAGU